ACUCGUAACUCCGUAGUAGGAAGAGGGGGGCGUGGCCUUCCAACUGCGUGUCCAUGUGUCGCUCGCUAGAGGUGACCUCGAUCUUCGGACCGAUUUAGGGUUCGAACGGUCGGCACGUCAAAGAUCUCCGCUAAACUUUUCUACGUCUUCUCGCUCUCUCCUCCUCUUUCUCUUCCUCCCUCUUUUUCUCGUUAGCUAUCUUUUAUAUGGUUAUCUACUUUCCCGCGGUCAGUGUCUGGCAAAGGCGGUGGAGCAAACGGAAGAGUUCAACCUGAGCCGCGUGGAUCAAGGCAGGAAGGGGCAGUUGGUGACGUCACAUGAUUGGUGGCUGUAUAUAAAUGGGACGCAACGCGGAGUACCCCCGGAAGAUUGGCGCUGUUUCGUCUUCACUGGAAUAACGGUGCUGUUCGAGAAAGACGCUGGGAAUGAAGGUUUUUAUUAUACUUGCUCUGGCUGCUGGAGCAAGCGCUGGUGUCGUAGAGAAUACAGUGGCUGAGUCUGGCGUAUCCACACAACAUCGAACUCAAGAUGUGUUGGGAAAUUACAACUUCGGAUACGACGAAAAACACACCAGCGGCGGCUCGUGGCGCAAGGAGUCCGGCGACGCCAACGGGAACACCGUAGGCUCGUAUGGCCUGACCGACGCCGACGGCCGAGUUCGUGUCGUCCACUACGUGGCCGACAUUCACGGCUUCCGGGCCUCCGUGGCGACCAACGAACCAGGCACCGCUCCAUCGAGUCCAUCCGGCGUCGGCAUAAACGCGCCUAUGGGUCCCACGGGGCCACACGGCGACGUUACCUUAGACGGAGUCAGCCUCUCAGCUGCUCCAGUAGAUGUGGCAGCCGCCCCUGCCGAAUCGCUCGCCGACGCUUCCCCGGUAGCCGUGCCCGCCCCGGUCACUUACGCCGCCGCCCCAAUCCCGAGGGUCGCCGUCGCUGCUCCCCAGGUCACUUACAGGGCACCUGAGGUAACCUACGCUGCCUCACAACUCAAUUACGCUACUGCCCCAGUCGCCAGAGUAGCCGUCGCUGCGCCCCAGGUAACAUACAACGCUCCUCAAAUCGUCUAUGCUGCUGCUGCCCCACGGAUCACCUACGCCGCCGCUCCAGUGACGAGACUGGCCUAUGCCUCCGCUCCUUAUGGAAGAGUCGCCUAUGGAGGCCCAUUCCGUGUCUCCAGCGUUGGCCAUCAAAUCGCGGCAGCAGCUGCGCCGGUUUCGUACACCGCUGUGGCUCCAGCGGCGGUGAAGUUCGCCAACUUCGGGCCGGCUCAAGUGGCGACGCACGCUGCAGCGACUCCUGUGGCAACGUACGCGGUUCCUGCUCCCGUUUUUCGCCGUGUGGUACCAAUCGAAUUCGUUGGGGCAGGGCAAGCGUACCUCGGUGGCCACGGUAAAUACGGACGCUAGAACCUGCGCUUGUUUCAGUCUGUUAAGUUAUUUGGAUGAACCUACGGAAGGAGACUGCCAAGUUUGUGUGAGAUUGUUUAUGUAGGCGCCCGCUGCUGCCACAUUUACUGAUCAUGAUAGUUUUAUGUAUCACUGUGUCUCUUCUCUGCUUAUAAAUGUCUGGUGUUAGUGUA